AUGCCGUCCGCAGUCACGAGCACUUCAAACUCAUCCGAUGUCGGUCAUAGUCAAACAUUUAAACGAAUAGCAACAAAAUAUUUUUUAUCAUGUACAGCUGCGUUAGUAGCCGAAACAGUCACAUAUCCUUUGGAUAUAACAAAAACACGACUGCAAAUAGCCAAAAAUAAGUUCACCAGAGGAGGAAUGGUCCAAGUGACAUAUGACAUCAUUCGAAGAGAAGGAGCAAUGGCAUUAUGGACAGGAGUAGCGCCAGCUAUCACGAGACAUUACAUUUAUACAGGAAUCCGAAUGGGUGCAUAUGAGCAAAUUCGUCUAUUAACCUUUGAUAAGGAUAAAGAAAAGACGUUCCCACUUUGGAAAUCUAUGUUGUGCGGAGCUUUUUCCGGACUCAUCGCCCAGUUUGCUGCUAGCCCGACGGAUUUGGUGAAAGUUCAAAUGCAGAUGGAAGGGUUGAGAAGAUUACAAAAUCAGCCGUUGCGUUACACUGGAGCAAUCGACUGUUUUCGAUCCUUAUACAGAACUCAAGGAUUCUUUGGUUUGUGGAUCGGAUGGAUGCCUAAUUGUCAGAGAGCUGCUCUGUUGAAUAUGGCUGAUAUUGCAACUUAUGAUAGAGUGAAACAUGGGCUUAUUGAUCAUUUUCAAUUCAAGGAUAAUUGGCUGACACAUGCUCUUGCCAGUUCUUGUGCCGGAUUGUCCGCUGCCAUCGUUUCUCUCCCUUCAGAUGUCGUCAAGACUCGCAUGAUGGAUCAGAUUAGACACGAAUUGGAUGCGAAAAUGAUGCACAAAAAGAACACCCACGUCGAUCUCUACAACGGUGUCAUCGACUGCUACAUCAAAAUCAUUCGAAAUGAAGGAUUCUUCUCUCUGUACAAAGGAUUUCUUCCCUCGUACAUCCGAAUGGCUCCAUGGUCUCUCACCUUCUGGGUUUCCUACGAAGAAAUCAGAAAAUGGACCGGCGCCUCCAGCUUUUAG